AUGGGCAAGAAGCGAGGUGUUGAUACCCCUCCUCUUGCUCCAGGUACUACUGUCCUAGUCCGUGUAGCCCAGCGUAAUAAGCUGGACGUUGGCGUUCGUAUCGGUCACAUUGUUGAUGUUAUUAACCCUUCUCAUGAUGGAUAUGUUAGGCGUUACAAGAGGAAUGUUGAGGGCAACUUUUUAGUCCUUUAA